AUUGAUAAUACUUGCGGAAGUGAAAAGGACAAUGUAAGCUUGUGUAUUUUACCUCAGUAGCCGGAUAAUCGCGUACGCAAACUGUGCUGUUUGGUUCCCUCAGAGCAGGCAUGGCAGAUCUUCAGAACAUCUCCGUUGGUAAAACAGAGCCGCAGCCUGAAGCCAUUACUGAUGUUGGUGUGCUGGCAUCCAAGAAAGAACCUCCAUCAGGCUACUAUAUUGUUGCACAAACAACAGAUGGCUUCGACGCCAACCUGUGGAAGGACAGCAUAUUCAAAUCCAAGGUCACACGCUAUCUUUGCUUCACCCGAGCUGCCACCUCCAAAAAUAAGCAAUUAUGCAACGUGGUCGUGGACAUGAAGUUGAUCGACUUGAAGGACUGUUUGCCAGAGGGCUUCACUCCGAUCCAAGACACCACGGAUACCCAGGAGCAGGCUUUGAGGAAGGAGAGACUGUGUGUGAAGUUGGUCCCCAGGCACAGCGCCGAUACGGCUAUAUGCGAUGUGGUUAUACAGGGGAAAUCAAAGCAAGGCCUCACUAAUUAUACAUUUAUGGGUGAGCUGAAUGGAUUGGGCAUUUGGUAUCAGCUAGGAAAAGUCCCUAAGUCGCAGGAUACAGUGCACAAAACUUCCUCUGUCUCUACAACUGACAUUGGUGUUGCCAGACAGUUCCCAGAGUCUCCAGUCUACAGUCCUACUAAAAAGAACAUGGUCAGGCCAGACUAUGAACAUCAAAUCUACAACAUCUACACCAAAUCAGCUAUGGAUGAUAUACCCUUCAUGAUCUCCAAAAAAUCUACCUCCACAACCAGAGAAGAAAUAGAGCCACUCCAUUUCUUGAACAUUACCAUCAAAUCACCACAAGAGAUUGAAGAUGAAUACAAUUAUAGUUUCAACAUUGAACACAGCGCUGCAGCCUUCACAUGGAGCCAGUGACUCUAGAGAGUGGAGAUUCGCCAUUAACACUGGUAUAAGAAAUCCAACAGUGUUGUGAGCCUUCAUUUUAUGUCAUCUAACUGAGAAUCCAAUACUUACACUACUGCUGUAUUCUUCCUGGCCGUGUUUCUUUUCAGAAAACUUCUUCCAUCCUUGUGCCAUAUAAAGACUUUUAAUGUGAUCAACCCAAAUGGAUAAAAAUCAAGUCCUUCCUUGCAUAUUUUUUCUUAUUCAGUAUCUUGUUUCAGGUGAAAUGGGUUGUGUUUUGACUUUAAUUUUUACAUACAUAAAUGUGACCCUGGAUCACAAAACCAGUCAUAAGGGUCAAUUUUUCAAAAUUGAGAUUUGUACAUCAUCUGAAAGCUAAAUAAGCUUUGCAUUGAUGUAUGAUUUGCUAGGAUAGAACAAUAUUUGGUCGAGAUAAAACUAUUUGAAAAUCUGCAAUCUGAGGGUGCAAAAAAAAUGCCUUUAAAGUUGUCCAAAUAAAGUGCUUAGCAAUGUGUAUUACUAAUCAAAAAUUAAGUUUUCAUAUAUUUACAGUAGGAAUUUUACAAAAUAUCUUCAUGGAACAUGAUCUUUACUUAAUUUCCUAGUGAUUCUUGGCAUAAAAGAAAAAAAUAUAAUUUUGGCUAUUGCUACAAAUAUACCCCAGCGACUUAAGACUGGUUUUGUGUGUCCAGGGUCACAAAUGUUCUCAGGGAGUUGCUCAAGAAGAAGCUCAACUUUUUUCGUAAAGGUUUUUGUUGAUGUGGUUAAUUUAAAACUACCUAAUUUAAUUUUUUAUUAUUAUUUUAUUUUAUUAUUUUUAUUUUUUUACUUUUGAUUUUUAAAGGACAGUAACAGUCGGAUUGAAUAGGAAUUACUAUUGAAUGUCUGUUUAUUUAGUUUAUUAGUAAAAAUAAUGUUUUUAAAAGCUCUAGGAUAAAUUUUUGCAUUUGACAUUGUACUUUUCAAUAA